CUGUUGGCGACGCACAGUACAGCGACUCUACGGCUAGAAAUCCCGAACCCGAAAAAGUGCACUAAUAUGACCCUUUGAGAGACCCUCGCACAGAAUGAGCGGCGCAGCAGCAGUGAACCGAUGAGCGUGUUGCGGGACAUGUCUGGUGACGUAUCCGCGCUGGAGGUGGUGUCGGUCGUCGGAAGAGCGGUGUGCGCAGGCGCGGCGCUGACAGCCGCACUCUACCUGAUCCGCAGAGUGUGCUUAAUAAUGGCCUGGAAAUCCGGAGGAGCGAGCCAUGCGGAGCUCGUCAACAACCUCCGCAAAAAUGGGAUCAUUAAAUCAGACCGUGUGUAUGAAGUUAUGUUGGCCACAGACCGUGCCCACUUUUCCAGAUGUAACCCAUACAUGGACUCGCCACAAUCUAUAGGUUACCAAGCAACAAUCAGUGCACCACAUAUGCACGCGUAUGCUCUUGAGCUCCUCCAUGAUCACCUGUAUGAAGGAGCGAAGGCCCUGGAUGUGGGAUCAGGCUCCGGAAUCCUGUCCGUCUGCUUUGCCAGAAUGGUUGGGCCUAAGGGGAAGGUGAUUGGCAUUGAUCAUAUAAAGGAGCUUGUGGAGGAUUCUAUAACUAAUGUAAAGAAAGACGACCCUAGUUUGAUCUCUUCAGGGAGAAUCAAACUCAUUGUUGGAGAUGGAAGAAUGGGCCAUACAGAAGAAGCACCUUAUGACGCCAUACAUGUCGGAGCCGCAGCUCCCACAGUGCCACAAGCAUUGCUGGACCAGCUAAAGCCAGGUGGGCGUCUGAUUCUGCCGGUCGGGCCAGCAGGAGGGAACCAGAUGCUGGAGCAGUAUGACAAAUUGGAGGAUGGCAGUACCAAAAUGAAGCCACUGAUGGGCGUGAUUUACGUGCCUUUAACAGACAAAGACAAGCAGUGGUCAAGGUGGAAGUGACUUCCUGUCCUCUGUCCCCUCUCUCUUCUAGGGCACAGGGAUGAACUUUGAAAGGAUGAUCUGGCAAUACUCAUUGCACCACAUGCGCGCGCACACACACACACACACACAUCCAAAUGGACUUCACUGAGAGAGCUUGUAUAAAUGCUCUAUUUCCAUGCCUGUGACAGUCUGACGGUCGUGAAAGAUGGAUGUAUUGAUCAGAUUCUUUUAUUUAAAAAGGAAAAAAGUGGAAUAGGGCUUUGUGCUGAGAUUUUCAUGCCUGCAGUUUGAGAAUUGUGUGAAUGCAGUUUUUUUUUUUUGGGUGGGGUAUUUGACACAGGUGCGUAUUUCUUGUGAUGACUUCAGUAUUACAGUCAAUUGGAUUGUUCAUGCAUCUCAGCGUUAUGUAAACAGAACACGGGGGCCAGCCUUUGUGCUGAAUCCAGCCUGUGAUUAAAACAUAAUUCACUGCUACGUUAUGUGUAGGGAUGUCUUUGCUCUACAAAUCCGUGUUAAUAGUAAUGGCUUGUGUUUUCAGCUGAAGCAUGUGAUGCCCAGGCAAAAUAAACCACUUAACAUUCGAUAAUUUCAUCAGAGGAUUCUAGAGUAAGCCACGAGAGGCCAUGUGUUACAAUGAUUUUACCAUGUUUAUGGGAUGCUCUUUGGUUUGACGCAAAGCAAACAUCUUUAACUGUCAUAAAAUCAGUAUAGCACAGUUUCAAUGGCUCAGUCAGCUGGUCAUUAUAGCAAACUGAACCCCUAACACUAAGCAGAACUGUUAUUCCUGGAUGCUUACCAACCAAAUAAAUAACAUGUAAAUAACAUAAAAAGUUGAAAACAUUUUAUUAUUUGAGAAGAAAGAGUGCAGAAUGAUAUAAGAUUUUUUUUAUCUGGGACAAUGGUCUAUUAUUCAAUUAACCAAUCACAAUCAGGUAUUUCACAUAACAGUCUAAUAAUUGCUUUUAGAGCAGCAGCAAAAAAACUCCAAUAAAAGACUCCAAUGUUCAAUAAAUAACUACCUUUAUUAAUAGGAAUGAUUAUAACAAUGUAAUAAUAAAAACAUUUCUCCAGGCAAGUAAUAUAGUCCAUUAGCUGUAACUUUAGGCUGUUGACAGUUGCCAAGCAAUGCAGCAACAUUAAUAAAGAUGUUUAUGUGUGUGUUUAGGGUUUUUGCAACAGGCAUUUUACAAGACGUAUCCAAUCAGACUCUACAGUCUGAAUUAUAGUUUAUACACUAGUCAAGUUCUUCCACACUGACUGAAUCAACCAUUUCUUUUUGAACCCUGCCUUAUGCACAGAGGCAUUGCCAUGCUAUAAAAACAAAAGAGUCCUGUCCAAACGGUUGCUAUAAAAUUAGAAGCACAAUUCCCUAGAAUAUCAUUAUUUGCUUAAACAUUAAGAUUUGUACUCAUGGAAAUUACUAAAGUAGUCAAACCUGUUCAUUACAAGGGGUUGUCCCAAUACUUCUGGCAAUAUAGUAUAAAUUGAAAUUUUAGAAAUCAACUCCAGAAUGCUAAAGUAAUUUUGUCAUUAUUUUGUUCCAACCUCAUAUUAUUUUCUUUGUUUUGUGAAACAUGACAGAUGCUUUUCCACAUGAUGAUUUGAGGUUUUAUAUUGUCAACUUUUAAAAAGUUUGUGUUAAAUUCAUAAUCGUCGCCUUUCGAUUUGAUGUUGUGGAACCCAAACAAUACUGGUUCUCUGCAAGUAUGAUAAAUGUGAGAUUUAAGAGCUACUGUAUGGUGGAAGGGAAGACUCAAAUCUAAAGCCUUGUAUUAGACAGAGUGCAUGAGUUGUAUGGAUGGACUACUUUUUUGGUAAUUUUGUGUCCUUGGAGCUUGACAGCAAAAAUCAUCAUCCGCUUUCUUUAUUUGGAAAACAGAAUCUUGGAACAUUUUGCGUUAUUUCACAGAAGAAAGAAAAUCAUACAGGUUUGGAAUGAUAUAAGCAGAGUUGGGUCACAAGUUCAGAGCACAAGUGUAGCAAUAUUACUGCUCACUUUGAAAUGUGUUUCACAUCACUGCACUGCUCAAAAUAAGCUUGUCUAUAUUAUCUAACAUGCAGCAAGUAAAGCCCCACUCAGAUCCACACUUGCAUACACAGCAUUGAGCUAAACCUUCAGUGGUCAUUUUGAUUGUAAGCGGUUUUCAAUGCCAAUUCUCUGUGCAUGUUUGUGUGUAACCUGCACGCACAAACGUGGCUUUUGACAAAUAAACUCACUGCUAAGCAAUGA